UUGAAAUCGAGACCGGAAAGGCUUACUUUUAGUUAGCGUGAGUGUUUUUUUAUAGCCAAGACAGGCACAAAUCAAACAAACUCAACAAUAUCGACUGAUUAAAAAUGGCCGGAACGGCUUCAGUAGCUGGUGAAGUGUUUGUCGAUGCUUUGCCAUAUUUUGACCAAGGUUACGAUGCAGCAGGUGUCCGAGAAGCGGCUGCAGCGUUGGUGGAGGAGGAGACCAGGAGAUACCGACCGACCAAGAACUACCUGAGCUACCUGCUCACACCGGACUUCUCUACUUUUGAGACAGAAAUUAUGAAGAAUGAAUUUGAGCGACUGGCGUCUCGGCAGCCGAUGGAUCUCCUGAGCAUGAAGAGAUAUGAGCUGCCGGCACCGUCAUCAGGACAGAAGAAUGACAUCACGGCGUGGCAGGAGUGUGUGAACAACUCGAUGGCCCAGCUAGAGCACCAGGCAGUCCGCAUUGAGAACCUGGAGCUCAUGUCGCAGUACGGAACCAACGCAUGGAAAGUCUACAACGAUAACUUGGCCUUCAUGAUUGAGAUUGCUCAAAAGGAACUUCAGAAAUUCAGGAAGCAAAUUCAGGAUUUAAACUGGCAGCGUAAGAAUGAUCAGUUAGCAGGAGGAGCUAAACUGCGAGAGCUGGAGUCAAACUGGGUGUCUCUGGUCAGUAAGAACUUUGAGAUCGAGCGGGCCAUCAUCCAGCUGGAGAACGAAGUAACGCAGCUCAGGCAACAGCAGGGGGACGAGAACAAGGAGAACAUCCGACAGGACUUCUAGAGCGGCGGCAGCUUCCACCCUUGUAGCGCUGCUCUACAAACUAAUGAUCCCUCAACCAGAAAGAUGUCAUCUUAUUUCAUUAGCUGAUUGCACUAAGAAGCAACCUGAGAAGUGAAAAUGACCUGAACGGUCCAGAAAGCUCAGAGAAGAGACCUCUUAUUCUACUGUAAAAACACUGGUGGAGUUUGGUAUAAUGCAGCUUUUGGACUACCUUUUUUUUUUCUCAAGAGUCAAAGAUGUUUAAAGCGAGAGUAUGUAUGGUUUUCAAUAAGAUAGAAGACAUUCUUCUUACAAAUGGAAAGUUGAAUCAUAAGCCAUAAAUCACAUCUUUGCUCAGUAGCCGAUGGUGGCUAAUGCUAGCAAACUUCAGAUAUUGUUAUCCAAUGUUGAGUUAGUUUGCUGGUUUAUAGAUUAUUUUCUUCUUGAGCUACUGUCGCAUAGUAGCAUUCAACAUUAUUCAGCAAAAGUUACAUAAUCUCGCUUUAAAGCAUAAUUUAUACCAGCAUGUAGGUUUCUGUCUUCGAGGUGAUUUACCAACACACGUGUGUUUAGAAUUAAGUGUACAUAGUUUGUCCAAGACAAGAGUUUCUGAGCCCCGUCUUGACUUUCAUCCAUGUCAUUUUUUUAUGCUGUUUUAAUAAAAUGAACAUUUCUUGUA